GUGACAAAGGGAAGGCUCUCCCUCCCUUCGAAUUCAAAAUGAGGAAAGGCUCUCUCUGUCUCACUCCCGCGACUGGUUGCGGCGGCCAAACGAGGGCAUUGGCGGCGGCAGAGAAGCUUCCAGAACCUUCGCCCGCGCGGAUGGAGAACCGACAGAAUACUGGCCUCAAGAAGCGGAAGCUUCUGGGGACGGUGCGGGAGCAGGAGCCUGCUAUCAAGGAGAUGUGCCAAGCCCUGAAGGAGAUGGAAAGCAAGCUCAAGAACCUCCGGACGACAACAACCGGCUCCGCGGCGAGCUAUAAGAUCGAAUGCUUGUGUUGCUCGACAAGGACCGGCAGUUUGCGGAGACGCGGACACUUGUGGUUGACAGGGAGCGUCAGCUUUCCAAAACCCAGACACUUCUAGCUGACAGGGAGCAGCAGCUUGAGGCCCGGCCACUUCCAGUUGACAUUGAGUUUCCUUGUCUAAUUUCGAGUUAUUCUCCCUUUACCACUUGGUCCAAGUUAAUGCUUGGAAGUUUAGAGAAUGGACAUCGAUGGUGUGCUGGCAUUGGUCAUGCAUGUAUGGGGACUAAUAGUCUAAUACACGUCUUCUUGAAAUGGAGAGCAGUAAUGUCGCCUCAGAGCAACUUAUCUUUGUUAUAAUCUGAA